CAUGCAGUGUCACACAGUUCAACUGACCGGGGCGCAGAGUCCAGCUCAAUUCAAAUACAUUUCCGACGUGCUAUUUUUAGUUUGAUAAGACUUUUUCGUCUUAAUUUUUAAUAAAAAAUGAUUUACAGCAGAUUAAUUACUCGUUUAGGUUUAAAGUCAUGGACCAUCAGCAACAGGUCAAUCGCCUGCCUGUCAGCUCUACCCGAUACCCAUCAGAUGCUUCAAAAGACCUGCCGGGACUUUGCGGAUGCUGAGCUGUUUCCAAUUGCGGCAAAAGUUGACCGUGAGCAUAUUUACCCAGCUGAACAGAUUGCCAAAAUUGGCGAACUGGGACUGAUGUCGAUCGUGCUCAGUGAAAAGUACGGUGGUACGGGUUUGGAUUACAUGGCGUACGCUAUAGCUAUGGAGGAGAUUUCACGUGGCUCACCAGUGAUCGGUGUGACGAUGUCCAUUCACAAUUCGCUGUAUCUGGGUGUGUUGGAAAAGUACGGUACGGAAGAGCAGAAGCAGAAGUUUAUACCGGGAUACACGGAUGGGCGAAAGAUUGGUUGUUUUGCACUAUCUGAACCCGGGAAUGGUUCAGACGCCGGAGCCGCUGCAACUACUGCAAAGCUAAAGGGUGAUCGUUGGGUGUUGAACGGGACGAAGUGUUGGAUUUCGGGAGCUUAUGAAGCUGGAAAUGGAAUUGUGUUUGCGACAACCGACAAGAGCCUGAAACAUAAAGGCAUUUCAGCGUUCAUAGUACCGAUGGACGCAAAAGGAUUGAGCCGAGGUAAAAAAGAAGAAAAGCUGGGCAUUCGAGGUACUUCAACUGCGCAACUGAUCUUCGAAGACUGUGAAAUCCCAAAAGAUAAUUUAUUGGGAGAAGCUGGAUACGGUUUCAAGAUUGCCAUGCAAUCACUUGACGCAGGACGCAUCGGAGUAGCCGGCCAGGCCUUGGGCAUUGCUCAAGCUUCUCUGGAAUGUGCCGUAGAUUAUGCGAACAAACGGAUUGCCUUCGGUAAACCGAUCUCCAAGCUGCAGGCGAUUCAGAUGAAAGUUGCAGACAUGUCGCUGAGACUGGAAUCGGCACGGCUACUAACGUGGCGAGCCGCUUGGCUUAAGGACAAUAAGUUGCCUUUUACGAAGGAAGCGGCGCAAGCCAAGCUCGCUGCCUCGGAAACCGCUACUUUCUGUGCACAUCAGUGCAUGCAAGUUCUUGGCGGAAUGGGCUACGUGUCGGACAUGCCAGCGGAACGAUACUACCGGGACGCAAGAAUUACCGAGAUAUACGAGGGUACUUCGGAGAUUCAGAGACUGGUGAUUGCGGGGCAGGUUAUUAAGGAGCUUUCCAAAUGAAAUGGGUGCGU